AUGGCCGUUGCGAAUUUUGGAGGCAUCGAAGGAAUGUACAGCCUGCGGGAUGACGAGCCCGCAUAUAUUUCCUUGCCUACUGACCUGGCACCGAAUCCAGAUUUUUUGCAGGUGGUGCCGGAGCAGUGCAUUUGGACCAGCACCAUUAAGCCACCGACUAUCUUGAAGGCGAUGAAGUUACCCAAGCUUCGGAAGGAGGCUGACGACAGUGACUCUCGUUGGUGGACGCGUUCGGGCUUGGGCUUAGAAUGUCCUUUGACUGGCUUCCCGAUCAGGCUCUUGCCGUAUCCUCCAUUCAAACUGCGCGUUGAUCCUCUGAAGCCAAGUCCCCAGAUCUUGAUUGAUGGGAAAUACCUCGCGAUGCAGCUGAUUGUGGAUGGAAAAGCCCUGGGUUUGCGACAACUGGUGGCCUCAGACAUUCAUGCGCUGGACACCUACAUCCAGCGAUGCAAGUUGGGUCCGUGGCGCCCAGGGAUCGCCCAGAAACUGGCGCAAGAGAUGAUGACGGCUCCCACAAAGGCGAGGCGAGAGCAAGCUGCCCAUGAGCUUCAAAAGAUGCGAAUGAGAACUCGCAGCGAACUGCGAAAACUCCACCGAAUCCAGGAAAAUCGACUUUCACAACUCGUUCAGACGAACGCGACGAACGAAGCAGAGAUGGAGAGUCGAGCCGAAUUUGAACCAAAUGCGGAACCAGUGGAACCACUGGAAUCAUUGGCCGAUGGCAUUUUGUUUAGGCUUGAACUGUGA